UCGUACACUCAAGACUUAUGGAGGACCAAUAUUCAAGUUGCUCAAGCGGGUGGCAUCGAUGGCUUCGCCCUAAAUGUCGGCUCUGACUCUUGGCAGCAAGACAGAGUUAGCGAUGCAUAUGCCGCAGCCGCCUCAUUAGGCACCAGCUUCAAGCUCUUCAUUUCUCUGGACAUGAGCGUGAUACCGUGUGCAAAUGCAGGCGACGCAGCGCUGGUCCGCUCAUACAUCAAUAACUACGCUCAAAACGGGAAUCAACUCUACUACCAAGGAAAGCAAGUAGUUUCGACAUUCGCUGGGGAAAAUUGUCGCUUUGGCCAAGGUAACCUCAAUGACGCUUGGAACUAUGCGGUUAAGACGAGCGUAAACAGUAGCAUUGCCUUUAUUCCCUCGUUCUUCGUGGACCCGAACACGUUCGGCAGUCUAUCUGUCAUUGACGGUGAUUUCAACUGGAAUGGUGGCUGGCCGCAAGGGAAUUCCGACAUAACCUGGAAUUCCGAUGCAACACACCGCAGUGCAAUAGGCAAUCGCUUUUAUAUGGCUGCAGUGUCACCUUUGUUCUUUACGGCAAACUCAUACAACAAGAACUGGAUAUAUAGAAGCGAUGAUUGGCUUUAUUCGGCGCGUUGGGAACAAUUGUUUAUUUACCGACGCCAAAUUGACAUAGUUCAAAUCAUUUCGUGGAAUGAUUAUGGUGAAUCACAUUACAUCGGUCCCAUUGGCCCCGAUCAACCCAAUUCACAAGCAUGGGUCAACGGCUUUGAUCAUCAAGGCUGGGUUACGAUGACAAAUUUCUAUGCCACCGGGUGGAAGGCUGGUGCCUUUCCAACGAUCACUAAGAGUCAAAUAUUCUUGUCCGCCCGGCCCCAUUCUCGCGAUGCCGUGAUCAACAAUGCGGCCGUCCCAAAGCCUUCAAAUUGGCAAUGGACUGACGACAAUCUUUAUGCCACGAUCUUCGCAGCCAAAAUAGCAACGUUAAAACUUCAGAUUGGCUCUUCCAAUAUCACGUCAAACAUACGGGUGGGCGUAAACAAAGUUAGCCUGCCCCUUAGUCCAGGGUCGCCGACUGCUACGUUAGUAAGUGGGGAAGCCGAUUUUAUUAAAUUCUCUCCUAGUGGCUUCACCUAUACUGCUACCCCCACUGCAUAUAAUUUUAAUUACUAUAUGGCUGCAUCCCCCUAA